AUGACUGGACGGGCAAGAGCAAGAGGCCGAGCACGUGGUCAGCAGCCUGGAUCACCGGGAAGCGAACCCGUAUCGCCCGCACCGCAGGAGGCGUCGCUAACCGCUCGACCAAAGGUGGGAACCGAGUCGACUGAGAAGGUUGGUAGAGGAAGACAGAAGACUGCUCCAGAAGCUGUUUCUGCAGAAGAUCUUCAGCUGAUCUCAGCUGGCUUUCAACAGAUGAAGCUCGUAGAAAGAGGUGGACGCCGCCGUGACUUCCAUGAUGUGGGAAUAUUUACCAGACAGACUAUGGAGCAUGUCCAACAAUCAAAGACUGGUACAAGUGGCUCUUCAAUACAACUUCGGGCCAAUUUCUUCCGCAUGCUGUCCCAACCCCGAUGGGUUCUCUAUCAGUACCAUGUGGAGUUUAACCCUCCAGUGGAGUCUAAACGGCUGCGUUCAGCCCUCCUUUUUCAACAUGAUGAAAUUCUCGGUUCAGCACACACCUUUGAUGGCAACCUUCUCUUCCUGCCUAAAAGACUGCACAGCAAGGAGACUGUGCUUCAUAGUGAGUCCAAGUGCGAAGGGAAGAUUGUGGUAACUGUUACCCUGACCAGCGAACUGCCCCCUAGCUCACCAGUGUGCUUUCAAUUUUACAACAUCAUCUUUAGAAGGGUUCUGAAAAUGCUGAACAUGCAGGCGAUUGGACGCAACUACUACAACCCCAAUGACCAACUGACCAUCCCACAGCACAAGAUGACCAUCUGGCCUGGCUUUUGUACCAACAUCCUGCAGUAUGAGUCAAGCAUCAUGCUGUGUACUGACGUGAGCCACAAGGUGCUGCGCAGUGAGACGGUGCUUGAUUUCAUGACGACCCUAAAGCAGCAGUGUGGGAAUCAGCGUUUUCCUGAUGCCUGUAUGAAGGAGCUGGUGGGCCUUAUCGUACUCACAAAGUAUAAUAACAAAACCUACAGGAUUGAUGAUAUCGCGUGGGACCAUACUCCCAACAACACAUUUACGAAGGGAGAAGGGAAGAUUUCUUUCAAAAACUACUACAAGAAUCAAUAUGGCUUGGACAUCACUGAUAGUAACCAGGUGUUACUGGUCAGCCAUGUCAAAAGGAUGGGUCCUUCUGGGCAGCCGCCUCCUGGUCCAGCCAUGCUUAUCCCAGAGUUUUGCUACCUUACAGGACUGACAGAUAAAAUGCGGGCUGACUUCAGCAUAAUGAAAGAUUUGGCCAUCCACACCAGACUGACCCCAGAAGAGAAGGAGAGACGCCUCAUCGGAUUUGCUAAUAUCUUGAAAAAGAACCCCGAAGCUCAGACAGAACUGAAGACCUGGGGACUGUCCUUUGAUGAGAGUCUCCUGAACCUGGCAGGCAGGGUCCUCCCAAGAGAGAAAGUUUUCCAAGGACCAAAAAUGUUUGAGUACAAUCCAUGGGCAGGUGACUGGAGUAAGGAGAUGCGUGGGGUGCCUCUGAUCAGCUCUCCUCCGCUAAACCACUGGCUGAUGCUUUACACUCGCCGCAAUGCCAGUGAAGCACAGUCCCUUUUGCAGACCCUCCAGAAGGUCGCAUAUCCUUUGGGCAUCUGUAUGGAGAAGGCUAUCAUGGUGGAGUAUGUGGAUCAACAGGAGUCUCUGAUGAGGGCGCUGCAGAAGAAUGUUAGUCCAGACAUUCAGAUGGUGGUAGUGAUCCUACCCAGUAGUAGGAAGGACAAGUACGACAGCAUAAAGAAGUUUCUUUGUGUGGACUUCCCCAUCCCCAGCCAGUGCGUGUUGUCUCGCACCCUCAGCAAGCCACAGACUCUCAUGAAUGUGGUUAACAAACUUGCUCUGCAGAUGGUCUGCAAGAUGGGUGGGGAGCUGUGGACUGUGGAAAUCCCUCUCAAGGAGCUGAUGGUUGUGGGCAUUGAUUGCUACCAUGAUAGUGUCUCUGGAAAGAGGUCCGUUGGAGCCUUGGUGGCAAGUCUCAACCGGGGCAUGACUAGGUGGUUCUCAAAGUGUGUGCUGCAGAACCAACGGCAGGAGAUCAUGGAUGAGCUGAAGAUGGCCCUGACUGCUGCGCUGAAGCACUUUUACAAGUUUAACCAGUGCUUACCGUCACGUAUUAUCGUGUACAGAGAUGGAGUGGGAGAUGGCAUGCUCAACAGUGUGGUUGGCCACGAGAUUGCUCAGAUCUUGGAAGCCAUCCAGAUACUUGGAAAGGAUUAUAUGCCCAAGUUAACUGUCGUGGUGGUGAAGAAGCGUGGAAGUUGCAGGUUCUUUACCGAUAUAAAUGGUAAAGUGUCCAACCCUCCCCCUGGAACAGUCGUCGAUGCAGAGGUCACACGGCCAGAAUGGUAUGACUUCUACAUCGUGAGCCAGGCUGUCCGCAUGGGAAGUGUCUCCCCGACCCACUACAAUGUGGUGUAUGACAGCAGCGGACUAAAGCCUGAUCAUAUGCAGAGGUUAACCUACAAACUCUGCCACAUGUAUUACAACUGGCAGGGGAUCAUCAGCAUUCCUGCACCCUGUCAGUAUGCUCAUAAGUUGGCCUUCCUUGUGGGUCAGAAUAUUCACAAGGAGCCCAACAUGGCUCUGGAUGACUACCUCUUCUACCUUUGA